CUUCUUCCUCGCUCAUUUCAAACCCUAAAAGGUUACACUUUUCAUUUUUGGGGUUUUUUCAUUCGUCCUUGAAGCUGUGAUUCCAUCGCCGGCGCGUGGAAACUUUUAACGGCGCGUGUAUAUCAAUUUAGCGCGUAAUAUUUAGUGUAUAGCUCAUUUAUGCUUUGUUCAAUCCACAUUUGCAAAUUCAUGCAAGAACUUCGCCGGAAUUUCACCGGAAGGCCGUGAUUUUGCCCUUCUAUGGCUUCCGCCGUCUUAUCCAACAGAAACGAACCUAAUUGGCCACAGCAUAGAGGUGGAGGAGCAGGAUUCAUGGGAAAAGUACCUUUCUCUAACUCUAACCCUAACCCUAAUUCGAACUCUAAACCUAAAUUAGCGAACAGUAAGAGAACUCAAUCCGCGUCCGAUGAUGCUUCCUCCAUCAACCGUCGAACAAAUGACGUGAAUCAAUCUCAAUUUGUCACCUUCAACGUGGCGUCGUACUCGAAGAAGGAGCUGAACGACCUCAAAAAACGCCUCCAUUCAGAGCUUGAACAGAUUCGUAAACUAAAGAAUCGAAUUGAGUCUACCGAGUUUCAACCACAGAAGAAAACAACGAGCAAGAAGAUUUCCGGUAACAAGCGUCCCUUGCCGUUGUAUCCGACGAAGGAUUUCAAUCAGUCAAAUUUUGAUGUUGAGGAGUUGAUGAAGGGUUGCGCUCGGGUUUUGCAGAAACUGAUGAAACACAGAAUGGGAUUUGUGUUCAAUGAUCCCGUUGAUGUGGUCAAAAUGGAACUUUACGAUUACCAUGAUAUAAUCAAGCAACCAAUGGAUCUAGGUACGGUGCAGUCGAAACUCUUGGAGAAUAUUUACAAAUCGCCGGCGGAAUUUGCUUCUGAUAUUCGAUUAACUUUCAACAAUGCACUGACAUAUAACCCUAAAGGUCACAUGGUGAACGACUGGGCAGGACAACUCCUUGUUAAAUUCGAAGCUAUGUAUCGUCCUAUACAUGAGAAAUAUGAAAAUUUGCUGAAACAUGAUCGCGAAUUUGAAGUGGAAUUGCAGGGUAGUUCUUGGAACCAUGUUGAACCAGAGAGGGUUAUGAAGAAGAAAGAGAAUCCAAUUCCUCCUCCAAAAUUGCAACAACAACCACCAGAGCCUCCUCUCCCUCCUGCAAGUUCUUCCAAACCUCUGAUAGAACCUCCAUUAUUGCAGUCUCCGGUUCGCACCCCGUCCCCAGUGCGAGCUCUUCCAGUGAAGCCUUUGAAGCAGCCGAAACCGAAGGCCAAGGAUCCCAACAAGAGAGAUAUGAGUCUUGAGGAGAAACAGAAAUUGGGAAUUGGGUUGCAGAGUUUGCCACCGGAGAAAAUGGAACAGGUUGUGCAGAUUAUAAGGAAGAGGAAUGGGCAUUUGGAACAGGAUGGAGAUGAGAUAGAGCUAGAUAUUGAAGCUGUUGAUACCGAGACCCUUUGGGAACUGGAUCGAUUAGUUACUAAUUGGAAGAAGAUGAUGAGCAAGAUUAAGCGGCAAGCACUGUUGGACAAUGUGAUUAACAAUGUGGUUUCAAACAAAGACAAUGGGGAAGUGCCGACUAGUGAGAAGGUUGAUGAGGUGCCACCUGUUGAGGUAAAGAAGCCCAAGAGAGUAGAAACAGGUGAUGAGGAUGUUGACAUUGGGGACGACAUGCCAAUGAGCGUGUUUCCUCCUGUGGAGAUUGAGAAAGAUAAAGAUGGCGUUGGAGGUCAUGCAAGUAGUAGUUCUAGUAGCUCAAGCAGUUCAGGCAGUGAUUCCUCAUCAUCAAGUGAUUCGGAUUCAGGGAGUUCCUCAGGGAGUGAUUCUGAAGCAGACAAUGGACACUCGUAGCAGCUGAGGCUUUUGGAAACUAAUGUGUCAAGCAAGGUGAGUGUGGGUAUGCAGAUGAAGAAUGUGUUUUUGCUUCACUAAAUAUACCCUUGAGGGUUUACGUCUUUAAUUGCAUGGACGAGGUAUAUGUCCAUUAGGUACUUGGGUUCUACGUUGGACUAUGUAUUUUGUAUUGAAUACUUUGCAGAUGGAGGGAUGAUAUACUAAUUUGUGCUUGCCUUUUAUUUUCAGGUGUUGUGACCAUUGUUUGUUGGUUCAGUAUGGAAGCAGGGGAGUGGAUUGUGGUGAUGUGGUAACUGCUCGAGUAGAUGCUGUGGCGUAGAUGUAAAAAUGAAAGCCAAACAGAAACAGUAGACCAGAAAGUAGACUGAAAGGAUUAGGAAUAGAAUGGAGAAUUAGUGUUUUUUUUAUUAUUUCUAGUUUAUAACAUGUACACAUUACUAAAGUAAAUAGAUGGGUUAUCCUAAUUGAAGAAGCCCUUUUUGUGCAUC